ACUCGCAUGCUCUCAUCUUUCUCUCUCGACCAGUCUGCCUCGAUCCGUCGCUCGCUUCGCUUCGCUUCGCUUCGUCCCCACUACCUGUUCGACGGAACUCCUCCCCGCCGGUCUGGGGACGCGAUGGUGUUCAAGGGCCGCUUCUUCUCGUCGCGGCACAAGUCGUCGGAGUCCUCGUUCAGCCCCGACGGCAGCAACAGCCCGCGCACGCCCACCUCAGCGCCGGCCUCCGCCUCCGCGGCGUCGCCGGCGUCCUCGUCCUCCUCCAGAUCCGACAAAAAGAAGACCAAAUCGGAGACCCCCAGGAAGCGUGACAAGCUGUUCGGCUCCGCUGCCGUCGCCGCCUCGGGGCCCCCAAAGAGCGCCGCGUCGUCGGCCUCGUCGAGCGCGGCGAGCGAUGGGAGGAAGGGGUCGUCGGUGGCGCAGCUUAGGGACGCGGGCGGCGGCGGGGGCGGCGCGUCGGCGGCGGCGCUGUCGCCGAUCCUCGCGUCCUCGCUGGGGCUCAACCGGAUCAAGACGAGAUCCGGGCCGCUGCCGCAGGAAGGGCAGCGCAUCGCCGCCGCGCUCGGGAGCAGCAACCUCUCGCGUGGGCAGGCGCAGGCGGAGCCGUCGGCUGCAUCGGCCGGCGUCGGCGGCGGGAGGAAGGGCGGGAGCUCGUGGGCUGAUUCGAGUAGCAGUGGUAGUAGCAGCCGGGGGAAGGGGAAGACGGCCGAGCUGCCGAUGCGGAGUGCCACAGGGACGAGCUUGGGAGCAGAAGGAAAGAGCGCUGUAAAAGCUAAAUCUAGUGCAUUGCGGAACCAUUCUGGAGAUUUGAGGACCCCUACUCAUAUACCAGAGGCUGCGUGUGCAUAUGAUCCCUGCGAGACACCAAAGGAAUCCGAGUCUCCACGCUUUAAAGCCAUUAUGCAGGCUACCAGUGCGCCGAGGAAGAGAGGCCCUUCAGAUAUAAAAAGUUUUUCGCAUGAAUUGAACUCCAAAGGGGUGCGGCCAUUUCCUUUCUGGAAACCUCGGGGCAUUUACAACUUGAAGGAGGUACUAAAAGUUAUCCAGGUGAGAUUUGAGAAGGCAAAGGAAGAGGUAAAUUCAGAUUUGGCAAUAUUUGCCGGAGACUUGGUUAGUAUAAUGGAAAAGUACGCAGACUCUCAUCCUGAGUGGAAAGAAACGUUAGAGGAUCUGCUAAUACUUGCACGCAGCUGUUGUGUCAUGACACCUGGGGAAUUUUGGCUUCAAUGUGAAGGUAUAGUGCAAGAUUUGGAUGAUCAUCGUCAGGAGCUCCCAAUGGGUGUGCUGAAGAAACUGUACACCCGGAUGCUUUUUAUCCUUACAAGAUGUACAAGGUUGCUCCAGUUCCACAAGGAGAGUGGCUUUGCGGAGGAUGAAGUUGUCAUUGAUCAGCGUGAUAAGAUUAUACAAUCUGCGGAUAGGCAAAUUUUAGCUCAACCAGGUGCGGAUGACACGACCAGAGCCAGUAAAAGUGAGGUAAGAAAAUCAUACAGUCAGGAGCAGCAUAAUUUGAAAUGGAAACGAAGUCAGGAGAUAAAGCCUGUUAAGCUUCUUCCACCCCUUGAUACAGAUGUUAAGAAAGAGGUUGAUUCUCCAACCAGAGAACGGAUGUCUUCCUGGAAACCUUUUCCAUCACCUGUUACAAAGUCUCCAAAAGAAUCUACCCCUGCUAAAGACGAAUCACCUAAUAAGAAAACAGACACACUCUCUACAGUUAGUAGCCGUGCCGAACUAAACAGUCCAGUAGAAUCUAUAUCACAACAGCAGCUUCCUCCCAAGCAUCAACAUAAAACUUCUUGGGGACACUGGUAUGACCAGCCAAAUAUUUCUGAAGAGGGUUCAAUAAUGUGCCGCAUAUGUGAAGAAUAUGUCCCCACACAUUAUGUAGAAGAUCAUUCAAGGGUCUGUGCAAUUGCUGACAGGUGCGAUCAAAAAGGUGUAAGCGUUGAUGAACGUUUAAUCAGAGUUGCGGAAACACUAGAAAAGAUGGUAGAGUCUUAUUCACAGAAAGACCUUCCAAAUGCUGCUGGCAGCCCAGAUGUUGCAAAAGUUUCAAAUUCAAGCAUGAAUGAAGAAUAUGAUGGUCCCUCUCCAAAACUCUCUGAUUGGUCUAGAAGAGGAUCUGCUGAUAUGCUUGACUAUCUCCAAGAGGCUGAUAACACUAUUUCAUUGGAUGACAUAAAAAAUCUUCCUUCAAUGACAUGCAAGACUCGUUUUGGGCCAAAAUCUGAUCAUGGAAUGGCUACAUCAUCCGCAGGAAGCAUGACACCUAGAUCUCCAUUAACGACUCCAAGAUCGAAUCAUAUAGACAUGCUUUUAGCUGGUAAAAAUGCAAUUAAUGAGAGUGAUGAUCUUCCGCAGAUUGUUGAACUUGCAGAUAUUGCACGAUGCAUCGCAAAUACUCCUCUGGAUGAAGAAAGUGCAUUAUCCCAAAUGGUUACCUGCAUAGAAGAUCUGCAAGAAAUUGUCAAUCGCAGGAAACAUGAGGCUCUCACAGUGCAGACAUUUGGUACACGUAUAGAAAAACUACACCGGGAGAAGUACCUACAGCUUUGCGAUUCGGUCGAUAUGGACAAGGUUGAUUCAGCAAGUACCAUAAUGGAUGAAGAAGAUGAUGUUGUCCGUAGCUUACGAGCAAGUCCUGUCCAUCCAGUCAAGGAUCGUACUUCAAUUGAUGACUUUGAAAUCAUAAAACCUAUCAGUCGUGGAGCAUUUGGACGUGUUUUCUUAGCCAAGAAAAGAACUACAGGAGACCUCUUUGCUAUUAAGGUACUUAGGAAGGCAGAUAUGAUUCGAAAAAAUGCUGUCGAGAGUAUAUUGGCUGAACGUGAUAUCUUGAUUACAGUCCGAAAUCCUUUUGUGGUUCGCUUUUUCUAUUCUUUUACCUCUCGGGAGAAUUUGUAUCUGGUCAUGGAGUACCUAAACGGAGGGGACCUGUACUCAUUACUGAAAAAUUUGGGAUGCCUGGAUGAAGCUGUUGCUCGCGUAUAUCUUGCAGAAGUUGUACUAGCUUUGGAAUAUUUGCACUCUAUACACAUAGUUCAUAGAGAUCUAAAACCUGACAACUUGUUGAUAGCCCAUGAUGGACAUAUUAAGUUGACAGAUUUUGGGUUGUCCAAGGUUGGUUUGAUCAAUAGCACAGAUGAUCUGUCUGGUCCUGCUGUUAGUGGGGCUUCAUUUUACGGAGAUGAUGAGCCUCAGAUGAGUGAAGUUGAGCAAAUGGAUCACCGAGCACGGAGACAAAAUCGUUCCGCUGUUGGAACUCCUGAUUAUUUAGCACCAGAAAUCCUUUUGGGGACAGGACAUGGUACUAGUGCGGAUUGGUGGUCUGUUGGUGUCAUUCUUUUUGAGCUAAUAGUUGGCAUACCUCCAUUCAAUGCAGAACACCCUCAGACCAUUUUUGACAAUAUUCUGAAUCGCAAAAUACCUUGGCCACAUGUCCCAGAAGAGAUGAGUUUCGAAGCGCAAGAUUUAAUUGACAAAUUAUUGACAGAAGAUCCUCAUCAACGGCUAGGAGCAAAUGGUGCCUCGGAGGUUAAACAACAUCCAUAUUUUAAGGACAUUAGCUGGGAUACACUUGCUAGGCAGAAGGCCGCCUUUGUUCCCUCCUCAGAUAGUGCAUUUGAUACUAGCUACUUCACCAGUCGUUAUUCUUGGAAUACGUCAGAUGAAAACUUAUAUGAAGCAUACGAGUUUGAGGAUUCCAGUGAUAAUGGAAGCCUUAGUGGAAGCAGUAGCUGUGUGAGCAAUCGCCAAGAUGACAUGGGGGAGGACUGUGGUGGCCCCAAUGAGUUUGAAUCUAGCGCAAAUGUCAAUUAUUCCUUCAGCAACUUCUCAUUCAAGAAUCUGUCACAGCUUGCGUCCAUCAAUUACGAUUUGCUUACCAAAGGAUUGAAGGACGAUCCACCACCGAAAUCUGAAACGUAGCAGUCAAUCUAGAUCUGGAUUGAUUCAUUUGAAGUAAUCAAACAGUUUGCAAGGUGCUCGUGUGAUGUAGGUCUUGUACAUAUGAAAGUGAGGCAUGGUCUGCUCCUAUUGAGGCUGUUCCUACAUCUCGCGGAGCCGAGUACAGUUUUGCUGUUUUUUUUUUCUUGUUUUCGUAACAAUUGCCAUGCCAUCGUCAGUGAAUCAUCCUGGACCAAAUUCGGCAUGAGACCUAGGAGCGCUGUUUUUUGUUCUCCUUUUUUCUUUUUUCUUUUUUCUUUUUUCUUUUUCUGUCCCAUUACCAGCCUUGGGUGCGCAAGAUUGGUCCAGGUUACUCUUUUCAGAAUACGACCUAUGAAAUGUAGAUGGUCUCAGAAAUUUGCCAUUCUGGCAUAUAAUUGGCAAUGGCCCAUUGAGCCUGCAGAUUUUCCUGCAGCCAGAACUGUUCACAAUAUCAUUUUGCUGGCCGUGGUACUGGUCUAGUUUGUUUUGGCGCAA